AAGCUUUAAGAGCGCAGCGGCGGAGACAGACGGCAGCAAAGACCGAGGAGAGAAGCACAGGCUCAUUCGGAGGAGGAGAACGCAGAGCUGCUGCGGACCAUCAGCUACCAGAUGAGCCAUCACUGACAGCCGCAGACCCGGCUCUGCGCUGGGCACCCGGAGCGAGGCGCAUGAAUUUGUGCCGUACGGCUCUACUCACAACUUCUUCUCUGUAAAGACUUCUCCCCUCAUUUUGUUUUCUCAUUAAUUCAUUGCCAUCAUGGUGCUGGGCAAAGUGAGGGCCUUGGCGAUCUACUUUGACAGUCUGAAUGAGAACAACCUGCCCGUGUUCUCCGGUGGAGACCUGGUGUCAGGGAGGGUUGUUGUGGAGGUCACCGGGGAUGUGCGGGUCAAGAGGCUGGACAUAACCGCGAGAGGAGUCGCCAAGGUCCGGUGGACAGAGUCGAGAAACGCCGGAGCAAACACGGCUUACACUCAGAACUACACCGAGGAGGUGGAAUACUUACACCACUGCGACACCUUGAUAGGAGAGGAGAGAGAUGAGGACUGUCCCGAGGAGGGCCUGACUGUGCUGCACUCAGGCUUACACGAGUUUGCGUUCAGCUUCAGCCUGCCUCAGAUGGCUCUGGCCACUUCCUUUGAAGGGAAGCACGGCAAUGUGAGGUACUGGGUGAAAGCUGAACUGCACCGUCCGUGGCUGCUCCCCGUCAAAGUGAAGAAGGAGUUCAUUGUGUUUGAACACAUCGACAUCAACACCCCGCUGCUGCUGGCCCCUCAGGCUGGUACAAAGGAGAAGACGCUGUGCUGCUGGUUCUGUGCUUCAGGCCCGAUCUCCCUCAGUGCCAAAAUAGAGCGAAAGGGCUACACACCAGGCGAGUCGAUCCAAAUCUUUGCCGAGGUGGAAAACUGCUCAUCGCGCGUAGUGGUUCCCAAGGCUGCACUUUACCAGACCCAGACCUUCUUUGCUAAGGGCAAGGGCAAAGAGAUCCAGCAGCUGGUGUCCAACGUGCGAGGAGAUCCUCUGCCGCAAGGGAAGAGCCAGAGCUGGGAGGGAAAACUGCUCAAAAUCCCUCCCGUGUCCCCCUCCAUCCUCGGCUGUCCCAUCAUCAAAGUGGAAUAUGCUCUCGUGGUAUACGUGGACAUACCGGGUGGUUUGAAUUUGUCGCUCUCGUUGCCGUUAGUGAUAGGGACCAUCCCUCUUCAUGCUUGCACCACCCGCACCUCCAGCAUCAGCAGCAACUGCAGCACUUUGAGCUGGCUGGGCCUGCCAGAGAGACCUGAGGCCCCACCAAGCUACAGCGAUCUGGCAAUAUCAGAGUCUCACAGGCGGGAUUAUCUGCAGGGAUGUGAUAGGUCUGACGGGGAGGGAGCGGACCACGGAUCUCUGCUAACAUACAUCACAGAGUUCAGAUAUCUGCCUCCGCCACUGUACUCUGAGGUCGAUCCUUACCCUGACCCGUUGGAGGUGCAAGGGACUGUGGAUGUCAGGAGACCUGACACCUGUCCGUCCCGCUGAGGGGAGCUCAGGAUCGCAGAAGCCUCUGCACAAAAAGACUCAGUUGCUCUCAGCCAUCGGGCCCACAUAGCCAUCUUCUCACCAGAUUAUGUAUCACCACAAAUAAGGCUGGACUCUGCCUGACCCGGGAAAGUCAGCUGAGAGAGUAUUUGGUGACUACUGAUGUGAUGGACCAGGGAUAUCCAACCGUGCCGGAUCCCCCAUAUCCUGUGCUCAAGACAUGGCAAAAAACGAACAUUGUUUGACACCACUGUAUGACUCUGACGAGGCAGAGAACAAAGAUCACUCCAAGCGGACAGGAGAAGCCUCCUCCUGCCUCACAGUAAAUUUUGCACAUGCCGUUACUACUGUUUUUCUAUCAGUGGUUUUCUAUACUGCAGGUUUCCGCAGGCCUAUACGCUACAGUAUAUAUACAUAGAAUAUUGUACUCUAAAUGGACACAUUAAUGGCAGGAUAAGAGCUAUCUUUAGUUUAAAGAUGGUUAAAGUUGGGACUUCAGGUGGAGACGUCUCAUUUUAUAAAACAAAGCAAAAAAUUCACUGAGAUUAAAAAAAAAACAAAAAAAAACAGACAGACACGUUACUGAAGAUAAAGUGCAGAAAUGUGUCACAUCAACGACCACCUCGAUCAUUUAGAGGUCACGUGUGUGUGUGUGUGUGUGUGUGUGUGUGUGUGUGUGUGUGUGUGUGUGUGUGUGUGUGUGUGUGUGUGAGAGGGUGAGGGACAGUCAGUUUAAAGUGAGCAGGUCCAGAGAAAAAGCACAACUCCAUCCAGCUGAGAUAGUCCCACGAAGCCUCCUGCUGCUCUCUGCUCUCAGCUGAAGCUUCUCUCGCUCUGGAGUUUUCCACAAGCUUUGUGCUUGCAAACAAUGGCAAAGCAUAAAACAUAAAUGUUUACAGAUGAAUAUAUCAAAUUGAGAAUGUUGUCCAAACAUGACUUCUUCCACCUAAAAUUUCAGAUUACCAAGUGCAAUAUAUUUUUGUAUUUGUGAUUUUUUUUUUUUUUUGCACUAGUUUUUCAUAUACUCUGUUGCUGUCUAUUACAUUUCUGUGCAUUAUAUAUUAUUGUCAUAAUCUUAUUGCUGUC